AGCUGUUAAUAGGGGAAAUGAGCAAACUCAAGUUGAUUUAGAGUUGUUGAAAUGAUUUUAUGUUUGAUUGGUUUAUUAGGUCUGUAGGUAUUUCUAUGUGAAGAGAAUUGGUUGAAGAGGAAAGCUAUGUUCAUGUUCUGUAGUGAACUGAGGAAGGAUUUUGAGUGGAUUUUCUUUUCCGUCUUCCUCAUUUUUAGUAUUUUCUGAAUGUGAUUGGCAGGGGGAUGAUCUGAUGAUCUGAUGAUCUUUGAUGAUAAUAACAAAGGGGAAUUUCUAGAUAUGAAUAAUAACCUCCACAAUGUAGAUAGCGAUGAACAAACGGAUGGGGUUAGGGUUAAGGGGGAAGAAGUUGGUAGUGGAGAAUCUGGAGAUGAUGCAUCACCACCACAUACAAGUGCUGAAGAUGCAAAAGGUGGGAGUGGAGAUGCUGAGAUUGGUCAGGGAGUUCUACAGGUAUCUCAGCAAUUUAAUCAGGUGAGUUCAGCAUGUUGGGAAAGGUUUCUUCAUGUCAGAUCAAUUAAAGUUCUGAUCGUUGAAAAUGAUGACUCUACUCGCCAUGUUGUUACUGCACUUCUACGAAAUUGCAACUACGAAGUGAUGGAAGCAACUAAUGGAUUACAUGCAUGGAAAAUUUUGGAAGACCUAACAAACCAUAUUGAUAUUGUUUUAUCUGAGGUUGUCAUGCCAUGUUUAUCUGGAUUUGGUCUUCUUUGCAAGAUAAUGAGACAUAAAAUACGCAAGAACAUACCGGUGAUUAUGAUGUCGUCUCAUAAUUCAAUGGGUUUAGUUUUUAAGUGCUUGUCGAAAGGAGCAGUUGACUUUCUUGUGAAGCCUAUUAGGAAGAAUGAGCUUAGAAACCUCUGGCAGCAUGUUUGGAGGAGAUGCCACAGUUCUAGCGGCAGUGGUAGUGAAAGUGGUACCCAAGUUCGGAAUUCAAAGAGUAGUGAUAGAUCUGACGAUGAAAGUGGAAGUGAUGAUUUAGAAGAAAAUGGAAGCAUGGGUAUGAUGAAAGUUGGGGAUGGUAGUAACAGUGGAAGUGGAAUACAGAGCUCUUGGACAAAACAAGCUGUAGAGCUUCAAAUUUCCCAAGCUGUGCCAACACUCGAUAAAGUAGGAGAACAUCCAGACAGCACAGCUCCACUUUUCUCAGCAGCACUGAACUGCCUAGAACAAGGGGAACACCUAGAGAAUAUUGCUGAGAGAAAGGAACUGAUGAAUAGUGGAACUAGAACUGCUGACCUACAAUUCAAUUGGCUUGCUGAAAGCCUAUCUAAACAUUCUGGAAGAAAAUUGACUUGUCUGUCUGAGUUGAACUCUAACACCAUUAGCAAGAAAGUAGAAAAAGGAGAAAAAAAUCCAAAUGGUGACAAAGUUGUCUUGACUGACGUAUCUGAUCCAAAGGAACUGGCUAACUCUUCAGAUAUGAAUGACAAAGUUGAUAGUGAUUCUAAAUGUCCCUCAGCACCUGAGAUAAUUUUAAAGAGAUCUAGAGUGGUCAAGGAUUCUGGAAAGGCAGUUCAGGAUAUGGGCUUCACACCAAAUAAAGUUAAGGUGGCGGAGGGGACCGCUAGAGAAGUUCAAGGUCAUCAUCAUAUUCUAAAGGAUAAACCAGAGACACCAUCUAACUAUGAUGAUUUGUUAUUUAACAAGUUGACCCCACGCGGUCCACAUUGUGGAUCAUCAAAUGUUAAGGAUGGUCCUAUAGAAGGUAAUGCUGGAAAUUACAGUUUGAAUAGAAGUAAUGGUCAGAACGGAAUCAGCACUGUUGCAAAUGCUGGAGAAACAAUUGAGGUUGCAGGAAGAAAAGGUGGAGGUGGUGAUGCUAGUGGAAGUGGCAGUGAUGACAAUAUUGACCAAAACAAAGCCGUUCAUAGAGAAGCACGUCUAAACAAGUUCCACCAGAAAAGGAAGAAGAAGGUUCGGUACCAUAGCAGGGAGAGGUUGGAAGAACAGCAGCCUCAUGUUCGUGGACAAUUAUUUGUGAGCCAGUCAGAUACGGAAAACUCAAGCAACACUGCGGAUUGCUGAACUCAAAUUGUUCCUGGUUGAACAAGGUAUGUCAGAAUAUGAUUCUCACUUAUAGUGGAUCAUGUUAUGUUUUCUCACCUUUGCCUCAUUCUAGAGGAUUUUGUGUAUAUUGCACAAAAUUUAACCAUUGAUGACUUAAUUCUUCCAUUAUGAACAACUACUAUAAACCUGGAACCUUACUUUCUAUUCAAACUUUGCUACUA